UUGUUUGAUUUUACCUUUAGAAGUUUUGUGUUUAAAUUGAUGAAUAGAACUACAAAUUGAACACAGGAUAUUUGUUUGACAUAUUCCAUUCAAUAAAGAGACCUUUUACGUCAAGAAAUGAUAAAAAUAUAUGUGGACUACAUGUGUUCAUUGUGACCACUAGCAGAUGGUCAACGUUUUUUUGGAAUAUUUGCCCAGAGAGAUUUAAUGUGAGGAAGCAAGUAGAUGCAUUCAUCGCGGAAUUAGAAGAACGUAAAACUAAGAUCCGACAAAAGGAAACUCAGAACUAUAUUGAAAAAGAAUGACAGAUUCUACUCCUGCAGCAGCUCCCACAUGUAAUUGUACACAAUCAGACACAGCUGUUGUGGAUGUAUCCGUAACAACUGAGUAUUUGACAACAAAUGCCACACACACACCAUGUGAACAAACUCGCAUGUGGUAUGUUUUCCUCAGUUCAUCAUUAAUCACAUUUUUUGGUGGACUUCUCAUCAUAUUAAUAUGGAGAGUUUUCAAUUACAUGUGCUGUGCUGCUUACAGUCAAAUCCCCAAAGAUGGAAAUUCAAGCAAAGGCACAUCAAGCGAUAAAGAUAAUUCUGAUGCAGACUCAACAAAAUCUGCUGGACCAUUAGAAGUGGAAUGGAUGACUGUUGUAAAAGAUUGGGCUGGUGUUAUGAUAUCUGCACAGACUUUAAUUGGAAGGAUACUGGUCGUCCUCGUUUUUAUGCUCAGCAUUGGUGCUCUUGUUAUAUAUUUCAUUGAUUCAUCAGAUCCUAUAGAAACCUGCAAAAAUUUUUACACUGACACAACACUGCAGAUUGAUAUGGCAUUCAACCUAUUUUUUCUUCUUUACUUUGGCCUUCGGUUCAUUGCUGCCAACGACAAGUUGUUAUUCUGGCUAGAGGUCAAUUCCAUUGUCGAUUUUUUCACUGUUCCACCUGUUUUUGUUUCUGUUUAUCUUAAUAGAACAUGGUUAGGGCUUCGAUUUCUUCGCGCCCUUCGCUUACUGCAGUUUUCUGAGAUUCUGCAAUUUGUUAAUAUACUGAAGACAAGCAAUAGCAUAAAACUUGUGAAUGUACUGUCAAUUUUCUUGAGUACGUGGUUAACAGGAGCCGGAUUUAUUCACUUGGUUGAAAACACAGGUGAUCCAUGGCUCGACUUUUCAAAUGCUCAAAAGCUAACUUAUUGGGAGUGUGUAUAUCUCUGCAUGGUCACCAUGUCUACAGUCGGGUAUGGAGACCUGUAUGCUGAGACGACGAUUGGUCGAUUUUCAAUGGUGCUAUUCAUAUUUGUGGGACUCGCUAUGUUUGCCGGUUCUGUACCAGAGAUAAUGGAUCUCAUUGGAAACAGAAAAAAAUAUGGAGGAGCUUAUACCUCAGUAAGCGGAAGAAAGCAUAUUGUCGUAUGUGGACAUAUCACUCUGGAAAGUGUUUCCUAUUUUCUAAAAGACUUCUUACACAAAGAUAGAGACGAUGUCAAUGUGGAAGUCCUAUUUUUACAUGGGAUUCCACCUAAUUUAGAACUUGAGGCUUUAUUCAAACGACAUUUCACUCAGGUCGAAUUUUUUGAAGGUUCUGUUCUAAAUUCAAAUGAUUUGUCUCGUGUAAAGAUGGAAGAUGCUGACUCGUGCGUAAUACUCGCAAAUAAAUAUUGUCAAGAUGCAGAUGCAGAAGAUGCAUCUAAUAUAAUGCGAGUAAUUUCAAUUAAGAAUUAUCACCCCAAAGUGAGAAUCAUCAUACAGAUAAUGCAAUAUCACAAUAAAGCACACUUACUCAAUAUUCCAAGCUGGAGUAUAGAGGAUGGAGAUGACGUUAUCUGUCUUGCUGAACUCAAACUAGGCUUCAUUGCACAAUCAUGCCUUGCACCAGGAUUUUCAAGUUUGAUGGCAAAUUUAUUUUCUAUGAGAUCUUAUAUUAAGAUUGAAGAAGAUUCAUGGCAAAAACAUUACUUAGCUGGAGUUGGAUCAGAGAUGUACACUGAAUAUAUGUCAAGCUCGUUUGUUGGAUAUUCGUUUCCAAAAGUUUGCGAAAUUUGUUACAAGAAGUUGAAGUUAUUACUGCUUGCAAUUGAAGUCAAAUAUGAGAAUGAUGAAACGAAAAUUAUGAUCAACCCAGGUAAUCACGUUAAAAUUCAGGAGGGAACACUUGGAUUUUUUGUCGCACAAUCUGCUAAGGAAGUAAAGAGGGCACUGUUAUACUGCAAAUCAUGUCAUGAGGAUAUCGCAUACCCAGAUCUUAUAAAAUCAUGCGAAUGCCGACGAAAAAAAGAAUUGUCAAGCAAGCGCAAGUCGCACCUGUUUGUAUUUCCGAGCAGCAAACCAGUACACGGCAAUCGGAAGAAAGCAAAAACCCUUGUUGUAUCGGAAGGUUCAUGUCUACUUUUUGAUGGCAACCACACCAAUUCAGACAGACAGAUUUGUUCGGUUCCCCCAAUGCAUCGCGCUGAAAUACCACCUCCGCCUUACACAAAGCAAGCAUCUGCUCCUUCACAAAAAGACUCACUACCUACUACGAAUACACAACUUAUGAGACAGCCUUCAGACAGUCUCAGGCACAGAAAAGACCAAUCUUCCAAUACACAACUCUUGUCAUCCAUAAUAUCACCAGCGACCAAUGUUCAAAGUACACAGGAUGUCGAUUCUGCAAUGAAAUAUGAUGUUACUGGAAUGUUUCAUUGGUGUCCUGCUAAAGAUAUAGAAAAGUGUAUUUUGAGUCGAGACAAAGCUGCGAACACAGUUCUCAAUGGACAUAUCAUCAAUUGUAUAUUCGGAGAUGCAAAAAGUCCUUUGUUGGGAUUGCGAAAUUUUAUAAUGCCUUUGCGAGCAUCAAACUUUCAUUAUCAUGAACUAAAACAUAUUGUACUUCUUGGAGAUCUUGGUUUUAUCAGAAGAGAAUGGGAUACUGUUUGCAACUUUCCAAAAAUAUCUAUAUUACCAGGUUCUCCACUAAGCCGAGCCGAUUUACGUGCUGUUAAUGUAAAUUUAUCAGAUAUGUGUGUUAUCUUAUCCGCUAAUCAGAAUGCGAUUGAAGAUCCAUCAUUGCAAGAUAAAGAAUCUAUAUUAGCUUCACUUAAUAUUAAAUCAAUGCAAUUUGAUAACAGCAUCAGUCUGCUGCAGGCUAGCUCGCGAGGUUUUCCACCACAUGAAACUCCUGCUACAAAUGUUCAUGAUACAUCACAGGGUGUAACUAGUGGAUCAAAUAUUCCAAUGAUAACUGAAUUGGUAAAUGAUACAAAUGUUCAAUUCUUGGAUCAAGAUGAUGAUGAUGAUCCUGAUACAGAAUUGUAUCUUACACAACCUUUUGCUUGUGGAACUGCUUUUGCUGUCAGUGUUUUGGAUUCUCUCGUUAGUGCGACCUAUUUCAACAGCAAUGCUCUCACAUUAAUAAGAACUUUAAUAACCGGGGGAGCUACUCCAGAGUUGGAAGCAAUACUCGCUGAAGGUAAUGCUUUGAGGGGUGGAUAUUCUACUGCUGAAUCCUUAGCAAACAGAGAUAGAUGCAGAGUGGCACAAUUAGCUUUGUUUGAUGGCCCGUUUGCAAGACUUGGGAAUGGUGGAAAUUAUGGAGAUUUAUUUGUCAGAGCUUUACAGAAAUACAACCUACUAUGUUUUGGAAUAUACAGGUUUCGUGAUGUCAAUAAUCCAGUUGCAAGUUUAACAUCAAAACGAUAUGUGAUUACAAGUCCACCAGAUGAUUUUAAACUUGUUCCAUCCGAUCUUAUAUUCUGCUUAAUGCAGUUUGAUUAUUGUGGUGGAAAUCCUUUAUCCACAAGAACAUCAACAUCUUCAUGGGGUGGUGGUCAGAAGAAACCCCAUUUUUUACAAUCUUCUUCUGAGACAUCCAAUGCCCUGACACAACCAUACAAAUCAGGGAAUGAUGUUGAAAGAGGAGAAAGACCUUAUCAGGGAUCAAAUUCUCUUACAGUUGAGACUCAUCCACCGAGUUAUGCAUCACACCCAACCUAUCCGUCUUACCCUAACUUGCCUAAAUCUCCGAAUAGACGUGACUCUACAUUAGAGCAAGCCCAUUCAAGGCAGCACACUUAUCCAGACUUCUCUGGAAAACAAAGAUCUUUGGCUCAGUCAAAUGCUGUGAACAAUAAUCACAACAAAACAGACAGACUGCACAGGACCCUGUCUCCACCUCAUCAUCAGAAAAAACCUAGUUUCAAGGGUCAGCAUGAUCGAGCAAGUGCUGAUGGAUCGAGUGGCAAAAGCCAUCAAAGACGACAAAGACAACAAAAAGGAAAAAUUAAGUCCGACAAGUCAACCCACGGUCGUGAACGUAUUUCAGCAACAUAUACUAGAGAAGAUGAAAAGGUGUUAUUGAUGGAUGAUUUUAUGAGAAUGUGAUAUGUUAAAUGCUUUUUACAUGGCGCUAAAAUGCCUCAACAUAUUUUUAAAUGAAUUAAAUUUUAUUUUCUUUUUAGUAAGAUUGGUUUUGCAUUCUGUAUAGUACACAAUAAAAUAUAUAUGUGUAUCUAUC